AGUUAGAGCAAAUUAAUUUCAAAAUGCAAUGGUUUAUAAUCUUAUCAGUUUUUCACAGAAAAAAAGUGGGAGGUGGGUGUAUCGUAAUAUGUUUGACGUGAUAUGACCUGGGACCGCCGAAAGUCUCUUUUUUUUUUUUUUUUUUCAAGCGCCGGUGGCGGGAAGGCAAGAGGCGAGGCUGGGGAGGGGCCAGCGCUCACCUCCGGGUCACCUUUUCCUCCGGAGCUUUGCUUAACCCCUCACUGCUCCGCACGCAGCUCAGCUUCACCGCCACCGGGAAGCCCGCCUGGACGCUCCAGCGGGGCCCACGCCUCCGCUGUGCGCCCCAAAGACUCGGCCCUUCUCCAGGCACCAGCUGGAGGAAAAGGGUCCGUCUGUCCGUCUGUCUUCCAGACCGGCCCAGAGGCUCCGCCAGCACGGGCAUCUGGCCCUCUCCUCGGCCUCCGGAAGCGCCCAGCUCGGCGCAGCUCGCCAGGACCGCAGGCGACGGACGGUCUCUCUGGCUUCCCCGGGCGCCGGCCCCGCUCGGGUUACACCCGGGUUGGGGCUCCGCAGGCGCGCGGCGAGCAGGGCCCUCCGGGGGCUCCAGCCAGCGCGCUCUGGCACCACCUCCGAGCUAGCGGAGGGGACAGAACACCCCGCAGGUUAGUCCAGAGCUCUCGGCUGGACUCCCGCCUCUCAGCCCGCAAGGAUCCGGGGCAGGCGCCCGCGGAGAGAUGAGGCGGCAGGGGGACCCUCCUGAGUCAGCCACUUCUAAGCCGCACCUGGCGGCGCGAGGAGCCAUGGGGUCCUGGGCUGGAGGUCAGCGGGUGUCUGACGCCUAAGUCUGGAGUCCCUGCAGGGGGAAGCGCGGAGGGGUGGUGCCACCUUCUGUCCCCACCCCGGGGGCGGAGCCAAUAUCUGAGCCUGCGGAGCGUGAGUCCCGCCCAAAUCCGCCAGGGGCUGCUUCCCUCGCUGGCGCCAACCCCGCCUCUUCCAGGGAGACCCGACCCGCCUCCCCUUUGCCCACCGCCAGCAAGACCCAGCCUCCGGGGUCCUCCCGCCCUUGAGCCCGGCGCAGGUGCAGGGGCGGCACCGCCCUCCUGCCGCCUGGGCGCAUCCCUCCGGGCGGCCAUGGCACGAGGAGAUGUACCGCAGGACAGCUACCACUUAGUCGGGAUCAGCUUCUUUAUCCUGGGCCUGGGCACUCUGCUUCCCUGGAACUUCUUCAUCACGGCCAUCCCGUACUUCCAGGGGAGGCUGGCAGGGGCCAACAGCACCGCCGAGACCCUGGGCACCAACCACACGGGCCCUGCAGACGCCUUCAACUUCAACAACUGGGUGACGCUGCUGUCCCAGCUGCCACUGCUGCUCUUCACUCUCCUCAACUCCUUCCUGUACCAGUGCAUCCCUGAGACGGUCCGGAUUCUGGGCAGCCUGCUGGUCAUCCUGCUGCUCUUUACCCUGACGGCGGCGUUGGUCAAGGUGGACGUGAGCCCUGGGCCCUUCUUCUCCAUCACCAUGGCCUCCGUCUGGUUCAUCAACUCUUUCUGUGCAGUUCUGCAGGGCAGCCUCUUCGGGCAGCUGGGCACCAUGCCUUCCACCUACAGCACCCUCUUUCUCAGCGGCCAGGGCCUGGCUGGGAUCUUCGCUGCCCUUGCCAUGCUCAUGUCCAUGGCCAGUGGCGUGGAUGCCCAGACCUCCGCCCUGGGGUACUUCAUCACGCCCUGCGUGGGCAUCCUCAUGUCCAUCGUGUGUUACCUGAGCCUGCCUCACCUGGAGUUUGCCCGCUACUACCUGGCCAAGGAACCAUCGAAGGCUCAAGGUCAGGAGCUGGAGACCAAAGCUGAGCUCCUCCAUUCUGAUGAGAAGGACGGGAUUCCCAACAGCCCCCUGACUCUGGAUCUUGACUCUGAGAAGGAGCCAGAGUUGGAGCCAGAGGAGCCACAACAGCCAGGAAAACCUUCAGUUUUCGUUGUCUUCCGAAAGAUCUGGCUGACGGCGCUGUGCCUUGUGUUGGUCUUCACAGUCACCCUGUCUGUCUUCCCGGCCAUCACAGCCAUGGUGACCAGCUCCACCAGUCCUGGGAAGUGGAGUCAGUUCUUCAACCCCGUCUGCUGCUUCCUUCUCUUCAACGUCAUGGACUGGCUGGGACGGAGCCUGACCUCCUACUUCCUCCGGACGAGGACAGCCGGCUGCUGCCCCUGCUGGUCUGCCUGCGUGUCCUGUUUGUGCCGCUCUUCAUGCUGUGCCACGUGCCCAAGAGGUCCCGGCUGCCCAUCCUCUUCCCACAGGACGCCUAUUUCAUCACUUUCAUGCUGCUCUUUGCCGUUUCCAAUGGUUACCUGAUGUCCCUCACCAUGUGCCUGGCACCCAGGCAGGUGCUGCCACAUGAGAAGGAGGUGGCCGGCACCCUCAUGACCUUCUUCCUGGCCCUGGGGCUCUCCUGUGGGGCCGCUCUCUCCUUCCUCUUCAAGGCGCUGCUCUGAAGUGCUCCGUCCACAGCUCUCCCAGCAGCUCUCUUCUCGCUGCCCCCUUUGGAGCUGAGACCCAGCGCAGGGGGCAAGGCGAGCCGGGCUCAAGCCCCUGCUGGGCUGAGGCCCCUUGGUCUGGGGGUGCCAGGAGGAGGCGGGCGCUGCUCUCCUUCCUGGGCUGGCAGUCAUUUAGGGUGCUACAAGGAGGAAUUCACCACCCGUCAUUCCAACCCUCACCCAGGAACGGAGCUGACACAGACAGACUAUCUGGAUGUGCAUAAGACCUCACUGACAGGGUGCUGAUCAGGGAAAAGAGGGCCGGGGACCAUGGCCCUUCCUCACCGUCAGGAGUGCGUUUGUUAAUCACAAGAAACCCACCUGCUAAUCGCCAGGGAUCAGAGGCCACCAGCGGAGCCUUGCCGAGGGUGUGGCUGGUGUGGCCCCAGCCUCAGGUUCAGAGUGGAGUGAGGGCCAGCCCAGAGAAGGAGCUCCUCUUCUCCCCAGGCCUCAGCAAUCUCACAAUCGAGUCCCUCGGACCUCAGGACAGAGGCUGCCGGGGCAGUUGAGGGAGCAUGGAGAAGGAACAGGUGUUAGGGGUUUGAGGGUGCUCAAAGGACCCUCUGGGCCUCCAACAGUGUUUUCAUUGUCAACACUUCCUGUCUCCGCUCCCCAGAGUCCAGCUGGGCCUGGGUCCGGGAACCGCAGUUGGCCUGCAUGUGUGCACUGCACUUCACAGUGUGUAAAGCUCUUCCACACCCGCUUUCUCACCAAAGCCACAUUGAGGCCCUUGGAGGGAAACAGGCAGGGACUGUGCUCCCCCUUUGUACAGGUGAGGAAACCGAGUCCCAGGGGAAAGUGACUGGUUCGUGGCAGAGCCAGGAGCCAGCCCCCCACUUCCCCGCCCCCCCAGUAGGUGCUGCUGUUCACCUGCUUCUCUUUUCCUUCUUGCUGUUUCUCCCUCUGACCCCGCUCCUGGGUCUAAUAACAACCUUCUUCAUUUGUAUCAUGAA